AUGCUGGGAAACCUUCUCAUUGUGCUCACAAUCCUCUCAGACCAUCAUUUACAUUCCCCCAUGUACUUUUUGUUGGCAAAUCUCUCCUUCAUUGACACAGGUGUUUCCAGCAUUGCAAGCCCUAAGAUGAUUUAUGACCUUUUCAGAAAACAUAAAGUCAUCUCCUUGAAAGGGUGCAUAACUCAGAUGUUCUUUAUUCACACUGUUGGUGGCACAGAGAUGGUGCUGCUCAUAGUCAUGGCCUACGACCGAUACAUUGCUAUCUGUAAGCCCCUCCACUACCUGACCAUCAUGAGCCUAAGAAUGUGCAUUUCUCUUCUAGCUGUUGCCUGGACCACUGGACUCAUCCACUCUGUGGCCCAGCUUGCUUUUGUUGUGAACUUACCCUUUUGUGGUCCCAACAAGAUGGAUAGCUUUUAUUGUGAUUUUCCUCGAUUCAUCAAACUUGCCUGUACAGACACAUACAGACUGGAGUUUUUGGUCACAGCCAACAGUGGUUUCAUCUCCAUGGGCACCUUCUUUAUCUUGAUUGUGUCUUACAUCUUCAUCCUGGUCACGGUUCGCAGACACUCUUCAGGUGGUUCAUCCAAGGCCCUCUCCACCCUCUCAGCUCACAUUACCGUAGUGGUCUUUUUCUUUGGCCCUUGCAUUAUUGUCUAUGUGUGGCCUUUCCCUACCUUACCCAUAGAUAAAUUUUUAGCCAUCUUUGAUGCCCUUAUUACUCCUUUAAUGAACCCUAUUAUCUAUACAUUUAGAAAUAAAGAGAUGAAGGUAGCAAUGAAGAGACUGCUUGGUAAGGUUUUAAGUUUUAGGAAGAAUUUUUUUCUCACACAGUACAAGAAAUUCAGAUUGAUCUUGAUUAUUUUCAGAAGUUAA